UUUUCCAUAUUGAGUACACCAGUCAUGCACUGUCUGGUCUGUCUGACAUAGCUGGCUGCAGCCGUGUUUUAAAGAUCUAUGUCACAAUUUCCUUGACAUAGUCAUCUAUUCCCACUAUAGCUAUGUUUGCAUCUGUCUAAAAUGUGCGAGGAUUCGGUUCCUGAAAUUAUGACUUCUUCUUUCUGAUCCUCCCACAUCUGGACAAGUGUGGAUGAGAAAAAGGAUGUUUACCCAUUGUGUUUAUGAGUGUGCUUUCUGAAGGCUUCAGGUGCUCUGCUGCCUCCUUAUUUGCUACAAAUAUGAUCGUGCCAACCACAGAAGUCGCGUCAACCAUAGACUCAACCACAGAUUACUGGUAUGGGGAUGAGUAUGACGGUUUCACCUGGUCCCCAAACGCGAGCAGGACCCAUGCAGCCCCAUGCUUACAGGAGGACAUCUACAGUUUUGCACAGAGGUACUCCCCUGUUGUAUACAGCCUGGUGUUCCUCCUGGCUCUAGUGGGCAACGUGCUGGUUCUGUGUGUGAUCCGACGCUACCGAAACUCUCAGAGCGGAGGAGCCUGCGCCUUCUCUCUGACGGACACCUUCCUCCUUCACCUGGCCAUUUCUGACCUCCUGCUGGCCUUCACCCUGCCCCUGUUUGCAGUGCAGUGGGCUCACCAGUGGGUGUUCGGCGUGGCUGUUUGCAAGAUCUCCGGCGCCCUCUUUUCCCUGAACCGCUACAGCGGCAUCCUCUUCCUGGCCUGCAUCAGCUUUGACCGUUACCUGGCCAUUGUUCACGCUGUCAGCUCUGGCUGGAAGCGCAACACCUGCCAUGCCCAGAUUGCGUGCGCCCUCAUCUGGGUGGUCUGCCUGGGCCUGAGUGGAGUUGACAUGACUUUCAAACAGGUAGUGGAGAUGAACACUGGGGGCCAUCAGAAGACGCUCCUGUGCCAGGUGUGGUUCACUGAUAACUCCAUCCAGUGGCAGGUAGGGCUGCAGAUGGUCAGUGUGGUUUUUGGUUUCGGGCUCCCCCUGCUGAUCAUGCUCUACUGCUACAUCCGCAUCUUCAAGGCUCUCUGCAACGCCACUCGCCACCAAAAGCGCAAGUCUCUCCGCCUCAUCAUCUCCUUAGUGUCUGUGUUUGUCAUCUGCUGGGCACCGUACAACUGCUUCCAGCUGACAAACAGUCUGCACAGGCUGGAAGUGGUGACUGGAGGCUGCAAGUUUGGCCACGUGGUGGACAUUGGGACCCUGAUCACGGAAAGCUUGGGGCUGUCGCACUGCGCCCUGAACCCUCUGCUGUACGGCUUUGUGGGGGUGAAGUUCAGGAAGGAGAUGGGCAGUAUGUGUAAGGGGCUGCUGGGACAGAGAGGCUUGCUGGGAAUGAAGGAAUGGAGGGAGAGGACGCGCAGGAGAACCACGGGAUCUUUCAGCUCUGCAGAAAGCGAAAACACGUCCUUCUCUGUCAUGGUAUGAAACUGGUUAGAGAGACAGGAAGAGGGAGAUGAUUAGGGGUGUGGGGGGGAAUCGAUACAUCAUAGUAUGACGAUAUUUGGCCUGGCAAUAUUGUAUCGAUACACGUCAGGUAUCAAUCUUUUAUUAUAAACUAUUAACCUCUUAAGAAUCUGACGACGGGCCUGGACACUAUUCUGUCUUUCUGAGAUUGUAGCGGGCUCAGUCUUAAAGCUAGAGAAUCAAAUGAAACUAGAAAAAAACAUAAUGAAUCGAUUGGUACCAAACAUGUCAUGUUAGCUUGUGUGGAAGA